GAUCCACUCCUUGUGCAACUCCGUAGCCAUGGCGUUGCCGCGUCCACUGGUGGAGGUGCUGAAUGAGGAUGCGCUGAUUCGCAUUUGCCGCUAUCUUCCGGCCCGGCCUUUGCUGGACCUGGGCGCCACAUGCGCGGAGUUUCAUCACCGCGCCCAGAACUCGGCGGAGCUGUGGAAGGAUCUGUGUGCCUUCCUCCUGGGCGACACCACGCUGCUCUUGCACGAGGCUGCCUGGUCAGAGGACGGCGACAGGGCGGGCUUCUACCAGCGCCUCUUCCGGGCGGCGUGGAGCUGUGAGGAGUUCUGCUACGACCACCAGAUGCGCCGGAGCUUGCUGGCGUCGCUGACCAAAGAGGAGGCGGAGAUGCUGUGCAUGUCCGGGCACACCUCCGAGAGCCUGGGGCACUUGGUGCUCCAGAUUGGCGGCAUGCGGAACAAUAUUGCGGCGGAAGACGUGGUAAACGUCACGGUCAUGAACCUGCGUAGCUCCCAGAUCUUCCGGCCGCACCUCACCGCGGACUCGCUGAAGCCUCUGCAGCGCAUGCGCCACGCCAGCUGCGUGGUGCGGCCCUGCCUGCCACAGUCCGCCUUUGAUGAGACCAUCCUGGUGCUGGGCGGGCACGAUGCCAACACCCGGUCCAUCAGGCUGGGUAUGCCCCGACCCUCGCUGCAGCGCUUGCUGUUUCUCCAGGUCGCAGAGGAAGAUGGAUCCCAGAUCCGCUGGAGUGAGCAGCCGGCCUUCGGCACAAUCCCAGAAUACAUGUACAACUUGGCUUGUGCCUCCUUUGCCGGAGGGCAACGAGUGUGCGUCUUUGGAGGGGACAUCCCCACCAUAGACGAGGAGUACGAGCGGAUCCAAGACCGGACAUGCUGCAGCUUCGUGUAUGUCCUGGACCUUCCGAGUUCCACCUGGACCGCGGUGCGCACCCGCGGCCCGGCCCCCGACUGGCGCUCCUUCCACGCGGCGGUGGCCCACACCUCGCUCUUGGAUGGCAAGGACUACUUCAUCACUUUCGGGGGCACCGAUGAGCACUGCGAGCCAUUGGCAGGGGGCAACCUGGCGGAUAUGCGGGGCUACCAGCUGGACCUCACGACCUUUUGCUGGCAGGCGGGUCCGCGAGAGCACCUGCCGGCGCCGCGCCUGCGCUUCGGCGCCGCGCGCUUCGGGCGGCACCUGCUGAUCCACGGAGGACACGGCAACAUGCUGUCCUCCCGCGACGGAUACGUGGCCCGGCUCAACCUCCACACGCUGCAGUGGAGCCGAAUCAACUUCUCCAACGAGCCGCCCCAGUUGGCCCAGUCCGCCUUUGAGACGGGCGCGCCACAGGCGGGGGUGGUGGUGGGCGGGGCGCAGCAGACGCUGCGGGGCCCGCGGAUCCUUCAGCGCCUCGUGGUGCUGCGCUUGCGGGAUGAGACCCGACUGAGGGACGGCGACCUGGCGCCGGAGGAGAGUCAAAUCGCCACGGGUGACGACGAGAGUGAUGGGGAGAUGAUGCACGUGCAGCUCCGAAUCCAGAAUGAUCAGGGUGUUCAGCGGGUGGUCUCCAUGCCCGCGGAUUUGCUCGGUGCUCUGCGACGCACCUCGCAAGGCGACAGGGCCAGCGCAGAUGGCUUGCUGCGGCUGCUGCAGAUUGUCACGGACCGCCGAGCGGCGAGUGCUCAAGAAGAGCCUGCCGAAGAGCCUGCCGAAGAGCCUGGUGAAGCGCCGGAGUAAGCGUUCAUUUCGUGCGCG